CACGCACGCAGAGACGCCGAACCACCGCGCCGUUCGGCUUGAAGAGCGAGGAUUUACUGCAGGAAGAGGAGCACGGUGGACAGGAGUGUGGAUGGACGCCUUCUGCAGUCACAGCGGCCUGGACCCCCUCUGGGACUGGAACCGAACAUGGUACACUCCCAACCCAGACCUGACCCAGUGUUUCCAGAACACAGUACUGGUGUGGGUUCCCUGCAUCUACCUCUGGGUGUGCGCACCCUUCUACUGUCUGUAUCUCUACUGCCAUGACCGUGGACACAUACGAGUCUCCUGCCUUUGCAGUGCCAAGAUGGUCUUCGGAUUCCUCCUGGCCUCCUUUGGCUUUGUUGAGUUUUUCUACAUCCUACUGGAGAGGAACCAGGAGAUUCAGCAGCACAUGGUCUUCCUGCUCAGUCCCAUCAUCCGCAGCCUGACUGUGGUCCUGGCAAUUUGCAUCAUUCAGUUGGAGAGGAUAAGAGGCUGUCGCUCCUCCAUCUUCCUGUUCCUAUUCUGGCUGUUGGCAGUGCUGUGUUCUCUGGUGCCUCUGAGGGCCAAGAUCCAGCUGGCUGUGGAGGAGGUAUGCCAUCCGCAGGGCUUCUCUGCAGAUGCUGUGCGGUAUCUGGCUUUCUUCUCAUAUUUCUCCCUGCAAAUGGCUCAGCUAUUCCUCUCCUGUUUUGCUGACCUCCCCCCAAGUUCUGUGAAACCCGUCAUUGUCAAGAACCCAUGCCCAGUGCAGGACGCCUCUUUCCUGUCGAAGAUUCUCUUCUGGUGGUUCAGCGGCAUUGUGAUUAAGGGCUACCGCAGUCCUCUCCAGGCUGAGGACCUGUGGUCGCUGCGGGAGGAGGACACGUCAGACAAGAUCAUCUCAGACUUGGAGCAGGAGUGGACCUCAGAAUGCACCAAGCUCCAACAACAGGAGAAGUCCCAGAGCACGGGCGUGGCCCUGGGUGCCAGGCUGACAGACCAGGCCCAGCUCCUGCGGAAGCUGCAAAAGGAGCAGAGCUCCGGGUUCUUCCUGCUCAGGACUCUGGCCCGAAACUUUGGGCCCUACUUCCUGUCAGGGACACUGUGCCUCAUAAUCCACGAUGCCUUCAUGUUCUCCAUCCCACAGAUGCUCAGUCUGCUGCUGGGGUUCAUGAGAGAUGAGGACGCCCCCUUGUGGAAGGGCUAUUUCUACGCAUCCCUGAUGUUCAUGCUCUCCUGCCUCCAGUCCGUCUUCAACCACCAGUACAUGUACAGCUGCUUCACUGUGGGGAUGAGGGUAAAAACCGCAGUGAUGGGCCUGGUGUACAGGAAGUCGCUGGUCAUCACCAGCGCGGCACGGAGGACCUGCACGGUGGGGGAGAUAGUGAAUCUGGUGUCGGCCGACACACAGAAGCUCAUGGACUUUGUGGUUUACUUCAACGCCGUGUGGCUGGCACCCAUCGAGAUUGCACUUUGUCUCUUUUUCCUCUGGCAGCACUUAGGCCCAUCGGCCCUGGCUGGCAUCGCUACAGUAAUCCUCAUCUUCCCACUCAAUGGAUUUAUCGCCAAGAAGAGAAGCAAACUCCAGGAAGUUCAAAUGAAGUACAUGGAUGGACGUAUCAAACUGAUGAAUGAGAUUCUGAACGGAAUCAAGAUCCUCAAGUUCUACGCCUGGGAAAAGGCCUUCCUGGAGCAAGUCCUGGGCUAUAGGCAGCGGGAGCUGAAAGCCCUGAAGAAAUCUCAGAUCCUCUAUUCGAUUUCCAUCGCGUCAUUCAAUUCCUCAACUUUCCUGAUUGCAUUUGCCAUGUUUGGAGUGUACGUGCUGAUCGAUGAUAAGAACGUUCUGGAUGCACAGAAGGUCUUUGUGUCCAUGGCUCUGAUCAAUAUCCUCAAGACUCCUCUAAGCCAGCUGCCUUUCGCUAUGAGCACUACCAUGCAGGCCAUGGUCUCACUGAAGCGUCUUGGAAAAUUUCUCUGUCAAGAAGAACUAAAGGCUGACAGUGUAAAUAAAGCAGCUUUCAGCUCAGAUGGAGAUGCAGUCGUGAUUGAUAAUGGUACUUUCAGCUGGUCUAAAGAGGGAACUCCGUGUCUUAAGAGAAUCAGUGUACGUGUAUCGCGAGGCUCUCUGGUUGCAGUGGUUGGUCAUGUAGGCAGUGGAAAGUCUUCUCUUCUGUCUGCAAUGCUUGGGGAGACAGAGAAGAGAAAUGGCAGUGUCUUAGUCAAGGGUUCAGUUGCUUACGUGCCUCAGCAAGCGUGGAUCCAGAACGCCACACUGAGAGACAACAUUGCGUUUGGGCGUGAGAGGAAAGAGAGUUGGUACCAGCGGGUAUUAGAGGCAUGUGCCCUGCUCCCUGACCUGGAGAUCCUGCCUGCCGGGGAUGCCACAGAGAUUGGAGAGAAGGGUCUAAACCUCUCGGGUGGACAGAAGCAGAGAGUCAGCCUGGCCCGAGCCGUGUACAGGAAGGCUGAUCUGUACCUCCUCGAUGACCCCCUGUCUGCUGUGGAUGCUCAUGUGGGUCAGCACAUCUUUGACAAAGUCAUCGGGCCAAGGGGUGUGCUGAGAGACAAGACACGCAUCCUGGUGACACACGGCAUGAGCUUCCUACCACAGGCGGACCUGAUACUGGUGCUGGCCGAUGGGGAGAUCACAGAAAUGGGAUCCUACCAGGAGCUGCUGAGCAGGCACGGUGCCUUUGCAGACUUCAUACACACCUUUGCCAGCUCUGAACGCAAGGAAAGCGCUGUGCAAAGAGGUGAGAGGAAGUCAUCGUCAAGGCUCAGCAUGACCGAUUUUAUGCCUGUGUCAAGGGACCUCUCCCAAGAGCAGCUCAUUGGAGGGGACACGGUUAGUACCAACCUGCAGACCAUGGAGCCCAUAUCUGACACAGACCAGGACCAGGUUCCAGAGGAUCUUGGGAAGCUGACUGAAGUAGACAGGGCCCGGAUCGGCAGGGUGAAGCUGGAAAUGUAUAUGGAGUACUUCAAGACCAUCGGCAUGGCGCUCAUCCUGCCCAUCCUCUUCCUGUACGUCUUCCAGCAGGCAGCGUCGCUGACGUACAACUACUGGCUCAGCCUGUGGGCCGAUGACCCCAUUGUCAACGGCACCCAACUCAAUACAGACCUGAAGCUGGGCGUUUAUGGGGCACUAGGCUUUGCACAAGGGGUGGCUAUUUUUGGCACAACUGUGGCGAUCUCAGUGGGGGGCAUCAUCGCAUCCCGUCACCUGCACAUGGACCUCCUGAACAAUGUGCUGCACUCCCCCAUGUCCUUUUUUGAGUGCACGCCCAGUGGCAACCUGCUGAACCGCUUCUCCAAAGAGGUGGACGCCAUCGACUGCAUGAUUCCUGACGGCCUGAAGAUGAUGUUGAGCUACCUGUUCAAGCUGUUGGAAGUCUGCAUCAUUGUGCUGCUGGCAACGCCCUUCGCAGCUGUGGUCAUCAUUCCCCUUGCACUACUCUAUGCCUUCAUUCAGAGUUUCUAUGUGGCCACAUCCUGCCAGCUGCGGAGACUAGAGUCUGUGAGCCGCUCGCCCAUCUACACCCACUUCAAUGAAACGGUGCAGGGUGCCAGUGUCAUCCGAGCAUUUGGGGAGCAGCCCAGGUUCAUCCUCCAGGCUAACCACAGGGUCGACCAUAACCAGACCUCCUACUUUCCAAGAUUUGUGGCCACCAGGUGGUUGGCGGUGAAUCUCGAGUUUCUUGGCAAUGGCGUGGUCCUAGCGGCUGCGAUCCUCUCCGUAAUGGGAAGGGAGACUCUGAGCCCUGGAAUUGUGGGUCUGGCUGUGUCUCACUCCCUCCAGGUGACUGGAAUUCUGAGCUGGAUUGUGCGGUCAUGGACAGAUGUGGAGAACAACAUUGUAUCGGUGGAGAGGGUGAAGGAGUACGCUGACACUCCCAAAGAGGCGGCUUGGACAGUGGAGAGCAAGCCCCUCCCAGCAGCCUGGCCUCAAACAGGCGCCAUUGAGUUCCAUGACUAUGGGCUGCAGUACCGCAAGGGCUUAGAAUGGGCUCUCAAGGGCAUCUCUUUGCAAAUCCAAGAGAGAGAAAAGGUUGGAAUUGUGGGAAGAACUGGAGCUGGAAAAUCCUCUUUAGCCCUUGGAAUUUUUAGGAUCUUGGAGGCUGCCAAAGGAGACAUUUACAUUGAUGGAAUCAACAUUGCUGGGAUAGGACUUCAUGACCUGAGGUCUCGCAUCACCAUUAUCCCACAGGACCCAGUGCUGUUCUCUGGCUCCCUGCGCAUGAACCUUGACCCCUUCGACGCGUACUCCGAUGAGGAGGUAUGGAGCGCUCUGGAGCUGGCCCAUCUCAAGAACUUUGUGUCUGGCCUCCCGGACAAGCUGAACUAUGAGUGCUCAGAAGGAGGAGAAAACCUCAGUCUGGGGCAGCGCCAGCUGGUGUGCCUGGCUCGCGCCCUCCUCCGCAAGACCAAAAUCCUGGUUCUGGACGAGGCCACAGCGGCUGUAGACCUGGAGACUGACACCCUGAUCCAGUCCACCAUCCGCAGCCAGUUUGAAGACUGCACCGUUCUCACCAUCGCUCAUCGCCUCAACACCAUAAUGGACUAUACCAGAGUUAUUGUAAUGGACAAAGGACACAUCGCCGAGAUGGACUCCCCAUCCAAUCUCAUCACGAAGCGUGGCCAUUUCUACAGAAUGUGCCGGGAGGCUGGGCUGGUGUGAGCCCUCCAGGCUGGGGAGAGCCAGAGGCCCUGCUGCUUCCUCCCAGUCAUCCUGAAGAGGGGGGACAGACCAGCUCAAACAGGGCAGCUAGGACUUCUGAGGAAAUCAAAAUGCUUUUUUACAAGCCAUAAAAAUCCAGUACUAAAGCUGAAGGUGUCAUGACCCCCAUCUCUGCUGGCCUGUUGCACAGGGCUGUGCAGUGAUGUCAGAUACCGUGCAGGUGCUCAGAGAGGGCGAAGUCAUGGAGGCUGAUCUCAGAACAGCAGCAUGAGACAUUCAGGGGCGACUGUGAUACUGGUGCUCAUAGUAGGCUUCGGGAGGACUCAUUGGUACUGCGCAUGCUGUAUAUAACUGUACAUACAAGUCUGGAGACCUAGGAAGAAGCACUACAGGCAAACUGGACAGGUUUGUAAUCGCAUCAAAACUAUGUAGGAAAAUGUUAAUACCAGUGUCCAUUUUAUAUGACUAUUUGUUAAUGUUUUACUUUCCAGAGCAUUUUUCUCAUUUCCAAACAUAAUUCUUCAUGCUAAGGUACUAAGGAGUCUCCACCAAAAUGAAACUCUCAUAUUACUGUAAAUAGAGCUUCAGCAGAAAGAGGUCAGCUAAUUAAAACCUGGUCUUGUGUAAUAUGUCUAAUGCACCAAGGUUCCCUAAAUAUUAUGUACUGUGGCAUCAGUUCUCAUUUCAGUACUGUUUUUCUAGCUUAACCUUUAAAACCUGCAUUGCAAGAGUCAUUGCAAUCUCACAAGGCAUGUUAGCAAGCAUUUUAUGAGUGUUAUGCAAGGACAAAACACAAUAAUGAGCCAAGGCAUUGGGUUUCAAGUAUUUUGUGGUGUUUGCUUUAUUUUGAGCAAAGUAAACAUUUAAAACAGUAAAAAGACUGCAUUUUUUAAGGUAAUUUAACUUGAAUGCUUAACCGUGGAUGUUGCACUGGUACUAGUGACACAUACACACAUACAGAAAGCAAAUGGAAGCCAUGCACACAGGGGUGAAGUGCCUGUGCUAGUCAACAGGGGGCAACACAUGCCUGCUCCUCUACUUCCCACUCCAAGCUGGUGUUUGGCAGCUCUGAAAUGUUAUUUUUGUUCACCUACAUGUUAUUAUAUUUUCUACUUUCUCAUUUGGCUACCGAAGCCAAUUUGAAAAAGCAGGCAUUCUUGUAGGCUUUUAUAUAAAAACUGAGUGUAAAAUUAUUUUCAGGAGAAAGCGUUUGCUGAAAUUUGUGCAUAUUUUUUUGUCUUAUUGGUAAAUACAAAAUGAAAAAAUACAAAUGUAAAACUAUUUUUUUGUAAAUGUAUGUGCUUAUUAAUACAAAUGUAAAGAAUGG